AUGGUAAAUUGUUAUAAAUCUAGUGAAUGUAAAAAUGAAGAAAAAAUUAUAAAAAUUGAUUAUGACUACCUUCAUUGUUCAUUUGUCAUUCCUGACUCUUUAACUUCUUCUUCAAAGUCUCUUAUUUCUGUUCCUAUUGUUCUUAUUUGUUUCCUUGGGACGGCUGUAGUUGUGUGUAUUUGCUGUAUUCUUCUUUUGGUUGUUCAUCCUCAUAGAGAUAAUUCAGGUCAAGAAGAAAAUACCAUUCCUUUAAAAACAGUUAUUAUUCCAACACCUUCUCCAACAGACACUGAGGAAGAUAUGAAUAAAAUUUGUAAAGUAUGUCUUGAUAAUGAGAAGAAUACUGUUUUUAUUCCUUGUGGGCAUAUUUGUUGUUGUUAUGAAUGUUCAAAAAAAUUGAGUAAAUGUCCUAUUUGUCGUGCUCAAAUUACGACUAUUGUUAAGACAUAUGAUGCUUAG